AGGCACACCACGCGUACUUGGAUGCGUGCGUCGCCUUCUUGAGCAUACCGCGCUCGAACGAGGAACUCGAGGAGCUCUACGCAUCCCUGUCUGUGUGCUCGUGUCCGACGUCGGCGCGCAACAGGACGUCAAGAUCAUUGUUAGCUCGGCUGCACCGCUUCCGGCCUACUCGUCGGUUCACGCUCCAGGACUUCGGGGAAGCGCUCGUUCGGCACCUCGGUGGUAUCCUGAAUAACGCUAUAGAGACAAAGACAUUCAGCGGCGCCGUCGCGUCGGCCGGCCUCAAACAGAACUCGAAAAAGCGCACCCAAUGUCGUCCAUGGCCCGUGAACACGACGCAACUCAUCCCCUACGGUCUCGAGCAGUCGAUGAAGGGAUACGCCGUGUUUUUCAAGUUAUGCCGCAAUCGCAGAUUUCAGGACACCCUUCUGUUUGUCACGGAGUUGCUUUCCCUGUUUGGAGGACCCGUCCUCUGGCAUAUCCAACAGUCUGAGGCCGAGUGGCCUAUGCGCGUCACCCUUAUGACCGAUGCUAUCCUUCGUGAGCGCAAGGAGACCAUGGGAAGGCUUGUCAGGAUGGAUAUGCAAGUGGGCUGGCUUCACACUCUCACCCUGAUCAUGAAGUUCUGCUCGAGAGUCAACGAGGAAGGGCAAAGAUAUCCAUUCGACAUUGCACUAUUUAUUCGACUCGAGGCAGGCAAGGUGGGCGAGACCAAGGCCGUGAAUUGUGGCCUACUGCUUGUGUGUACCCUCAUUUUCAAAGCGCUGCCGUCCUUCCAAAAUGGUACGACUCUUUUCACGGACGAAGUCAUCGAACGGCUCACCCUUCAAUCCAAGAGCUUCGCCGCGAUGUUCUACUGUUACAGGCCCGACAACGACGGCAUGGAGUACGACCCCGAAAUCCUACGGCUGCGAGCGGAGACGGACGCCGCCAUCGCAGACCCUGUGCAGCUCGCAUUCGAGGGCUUUCGCUGGGCGGCCCAGCUGCGGCACUGCUGCGCGCCCGAAUGCAAGGAGACCUUUGCCACUGCAGGACGACCCUUCCCCCGAUGCGCCGGUUGCGGCAUACUGUGCUACUGCUCGCGGGAGUGCCAGAAGAGCGCCUGGAAACAUGCGAAGGCACCUCACAAGGACGUGUGCCCCAAGCUGCGGGUGCUGCACGAACGGACGAAUCUUCCGCAGAAACAAGUCCCGGAUCGAUUCCGCCAGCCGUUCAUCGACGCGUGCAAUGCAGACGAGGGUCUCAGAGCUCUGGCUGAUGACUGCGCGGAAUUCUUGCAUUACUUGGCGACCGCGCGACAGGACGUCCGCAUCACUCAGUUUCCGUCGGAGGCGCCCCGAGCGUUAUUGGCAGACCUAUGGAGGUCUGUGGAGGUGCAGGUUAGUUCGUCAUGCCGUACACUUUUGCAGUUGAAUUUGACUUAAUUAUUGACCCUCGACAGUGAAGACCUGAAAUAACGCUUUGAUGAGACCACGUUCUCCUGAGC